AUGGGAUGGCCCGAAGGCCUCCCCACUCUCAAAAACUAUGCGCCCGAGCAAACCCAUUUUGAGUUCGUCGCAAGCUUCAACACACCGGAGUGCAAUGGUGAGUCUCCACCUGGAGCCAGAGCCUUCAUGAUCACUCUGGACCCAGCGCCAACUUCCCACAAAAUGCACGAAGAUCACAAACCGCACGCCUUAAAUACCAAAAUAACUAACGGCCUCACCGCAAUGGAAGAACAAAACAGCGCUGGAGCACCCCAACUUUCACCUCAUUAUGCCACUUACUUCUAG